AUGCACCAUGAUUGUGUUCCAGCAAUAGUUCACAGGGACAUAUCUAGUAACAACAUUUUGUUGGACUCUGAAUAUGAAGCUCGUGUUUCUGAUUUUGGUACGGCGAGGAUUUUGAAGCCAGAUUCAUCUAAUUGGACUGCACUUGCAGGAACCUUCGGAUAUGUUGCCCCAGAGCUUGCGUAUACAAUGAAAGUGACUGAAAAGUGUGAUGUCUAUAGCUUCGGGGUGAUCAUAUUAGAAGUACUAAUGGGGAGGUAUCCAUCUGAAGUUAUCACAUUACUCUCGCAAAAUGUUCUUUCAUCUUUGUCUUUGGGUACGGUGGGGCAAAGCAUAAGUGUAAGAGACAUCAUGGACAAAUCCGUUGGAAAACCAGCGGAGAUUGUUAAGAGACAAAUAACGGACGUUAUGAAAGUUGGAUUUUCAUGCUUACAUAAUGAUCCAUGUGCUCGGCCAACUAUGCAAGAAAUAUCGGUAAAGCUUGCGUUGUCAGCUGAGAGCAGGGCAGAGUUACCAAAGCCAUUCGAAACUAUUACACUAGGAGACAUACUGCUGUUAUAA